CUCAUAUAAUUGAAUAUGAGGAUGACUUAAAUGAUGACGAUAGUAAUAAUUUAGAAGAAGAAUCAGAUAAUUUAAAUAAUAGAUUUGAAGAUUUAUUUGAAAUAGAUAAUUCUGAAGAUAGUGAUGAAAGCUUUAAUAGUAAUUUUGAUAACAGUUCUAAUAACAACUCUGAUAGUGAUAUUGAAAAUGAUUUAGAUAACAAUUCUGAUAACAACACUGAUAGUAAUUUUGAGAAUGAUUUUGAUGAUAAUUUUGAUAAUAACUGUAAUAAAAAUUUGAAUAAUGAUUUAGAUAUUAAUGAGUUAAAUUCUGAAUUACAAGAAAUAAGGAAUAAUUUUACUAAAUAUUUUGAAAAUAAAGAAGAUUUUGAAAGAUGCAAUAAUGAAGAAUUUGAAAAAAAUAAUGCUGAAUAUUUUGAAGAAAGUAAUAUAAAGGAUUUUGAAGAAGAAAGAUUUGGAACUAACAAUGAAGAUAGUUUUAUGGAUGAAAUUUCAGAAGCUGACGAAUUUAUGAAGAUUUUUUUAACAAAAAAUCUAACUAAAAAUUAA